AUGAAUAAAGUAAAAAGUAUUAAAAAAGAAAAUCCUCGUUAUAGAUUAAUUAAAUUAAUUGGAAAAGGAACUUUCGGAAAAGUUUAUUCAGCUGUUGAUCUUUGUACACAAGAAGCAGUCGCAAUAAAAAGAUCUCCUAAAUGGAGAAAUAAGGUUUCAAGAGAAGUUGAUUUAUUGAAAAAAAUGAAUUCCAGUAAAAAUAUAGUAAAUAUAAAGUCUAUUUUUUAUACAAUUACUAAAAAGGGAUUUAGAAUUCAGAAUAUUGUAUUUAAGUAUAUGACUCAUAGUUUGGGAAAAUAUAUUAGAUUAAAAAAACAAGAAAAAAAAGAAAAUAAAUCUACUAGAAUUUCACCAUCUGAUUUAAAAACUAUCAUAUAUCAAAUAUGUUUAGGACUAAAAAAUUUACAUAAAUAUAACUUUGCACAUAGAGAUUUAAAACCAGAUAAUAUUUUAAUUGAUUUAGAUUCAUCCACUAUUCAAGUAGAAAUAUGUGAUUUAGGAUCAGCAAAAAAAGUUCAUAAUAAUAUUAUUUCUAUUCCAUAUAUUUGUUCAAGAUGGUAUAGAGCACCAGAAUUAUUAUGUGGUUCAAUGUAUUAUACGACAGAAGUAGAUUUAUGGUCUUUGGGAUGCAUAAUUUUUGAAUUAAUAAAUUUUUGUCCUUUAUUUCCAGGAAAAUUUAAAAAAGACCAAUUUUCAGAAGAAUGUUCACAAAUAAUAAAUAUAAUUGAAGUUUUAGGAUCUCCAAAAAUGAGUUUCUAUGAGAAUAUAAAAGACUACACUAGCAAAAAAAAUAAUUUGCUUAUUAAAGAAUUGUGUGAACUAAAUAUUCUCCCCUUAUCAUGGAACAAUAUACUAAAACACUCUUUAGAAGAAAAUGAAAAAGAAUUAAUUAAUAUCAUAGAUGGACUUUUAAAAUGGGCCCCAAGCGAAAGAUUAAAAAUUGAAGAAGUUUUAAGUAACCCAUAUUUUUUUUCAUUAAAUGAUUAA